AUGGGGAGAACAACCUCGAUCAAGAUCAUCAGAACAUCAAUCCACACAUUCCUCCAAAGCUACAAUCACUUCACAAUUGCAUCCCUGUUAACCCUUCCUUUCUCAACAUCAAUCCUCCUCUUAUCAUCUCUUUCACCUGAUUUCAUCUCCCUCCAACACACAAUCCAUUUCCGACUUCAGUCCCUUUUUGAUGCCACCGGAAUCCCAGUUUCAUCUCAAUUCUUCUCCACCUUCAACCUCAAACUCUCCCAAACCAUCACCUCAGCAAUACUACUCCUACCCUUUACCUUCUCUUUCCUCCUCAUCACAAAGACUUUUAUAAUUCAAUCCUUCAACACCCACAACAAAAAGCGAUCAUCUUUCUCCGGAAUCUACAAUUCCAUCCUCCAAACACAACUAUGGAACACCUUUCUAAUCAUGUCAGCAAACGCCACUUCUUUUUGGGUUCUUUUCAUCGCAUUCAACUGUUUAGAAAAGAUGUUAUCAUCUUCUACCUUGGUCGUAUUAUUUUCUAUGGUGGGAGGAAUCGCAUAUUCCGUAGUUAUAGCCAAUACGAUGAUCAUAUGUAACAUGGCGCUAGUGCUCUCUGGAAUGGAAACCCAAGGUGGGUUUCUUUCCAUUCUCAAAGCAUGUGUUAUGAUUAAAAGAAGAAUUCCAACAGCCCUUUCAUUAGCGCUUUACAUCAACAUCACUUUGGCUGGAAUUGAAGCACUUUUCCAAUUCCGGUUGGCAAGUGCUUAUUCCAACUCAGGAACAAGUAAUCCCAGUCCUUUAAUGGUGUUCGAAGGAUUGUUGAUAGCAUAUUUAUACUCCAUCGUCAUCACACUUGACACCAUCACUGGCUGUAUCUUCUACAAAAGCUGUAAAAUUAAAGCUUCUGAUCAAGAGGCGUGUAGGAGAAAUGAGUAUUGUUUGGAAGUCAAACGAGAAGAAGAAGAAGAAGUGCUGUAUUGA